AUGAGAGUGCAAAAAAACAACUCGAUCUCCACGUACUACCCAGCUGCAGCCGCCCGGGACGAGAGUGCGGCUCUACUGCUGAGCGCGGAAGAUAACGCAGUGGGACAGCACGUUGAACAGGAGACGGAAAAUGUUGAAAAAACCCCCGCCCACGGGGGCUGUUGCCAAGACUGCUGCACGAAAAAGUGCGUGCUCAUCCUUCUCCUCAUAUUUCUCGUUCUCGCAGGCGGUGCUUGCGUUUUAAUUUUCGUUCCCUGGUUCGACGUAUCAAAUGUAAAAAUGUCUGGGUCUGGAAGGAUGCGAACUUGUGAUGCUGUCUUCGGAUUCUAAAAAAAUCUGUAUUGCAUGACAAGCAAUUAUAGGGCUCCAGUUUGUGCUUCGCGGGAGGGCAUUUGUCAUGCGGAAUAGGCAUGAUCAGGAGGGCCUCUAAAGCUCUGUGAUGCUAGGUCAUGCAUUCCAGACCUCAUAGGUCAUGGGAAACCUGCAUCACAAGUCUUGCAACCUUCAAGACCCAGACAUAUUUGCAAUCCAUACGACGGUUGGAGUGAAUCUUUGUACACGAGAUGGAGAGGAGGUGCGACGUUCCUGUCGCCCACAAGGUACCUAAUUCAUUCUCAUAUUCUAAGCAUAACGCACUCCAGAUCGGUCACAUAA